AGGGAGAGAGAUGCGAUGGAGCCAGUCGUUCAGACAUGCGGAACCUUUCCUGGACUGACUCUGGGAUUCAGGUCUCCAGUGUUGGCAGGAGAUCCCUACAGCAAACCCAAAUUGUCAGCCCUUGACAGCCAUGUUGUGAAUGCAGGAGGGAAUGUGACCCUUCAAUGUAUCUCAUGGCAGAGAUAUGAUGGGUUUAUUUUGAUCAAGGAAGGAGAACCCAAGUUCUCCAGAACCCUGGACUCACAGUAUAUUUUCACUGGGCAUUUACAAGCCAUGUUUUCUUUGGGUCCUAUGACCUCCAGGAAUAGUGGGACAUUCAGAUGUUAUGGCUUCUACAAAAGAGAGCCACAGAACUGGUCUAUGCCAAGUGACCCCCUGGAAGUACACAUAUCAGGAGCAUCUGAGAUGAUCAACUCAUCAGAAGUCAAGAUAGCUUCACAACCCAAGCAUCAUACAGUGGACAACUUCAUCCGGAUGGCUAUGAUUGGCUUGCUCCUUUUGCUGUUUGGGAUUCUGCAGCUAAAGACUUGGUACAGCCAGAGAUGGACCUUACACGCACCAGGGAGGUGGUUGGUCAGACCGACAGAUCUCCCCCAUCCUCACCACCAGGGUGACCUCUCCAGCAAAGCCCUUGCUAGUUCACCUUAUGAUGCAAGGAACAUGAGGAAGUGCUCUAGCUUCCACACCUCCAGGGCUGGCUCACCCAUAUCUGCACCAAUAGAGCCAUAUCUACAGUGUUGCCUAUGCAAGGUGGAAAGCAGUGAGGGGGGCACAUCUGCCCCUUGCCCACACCACCAUAUGGCAGAUGAGCGGUGGGGCUACAACUUCCACAUUCACAUUCUGUCAGUUCUACUGCCAUCUCCUCUUACCCGCUCUACUGUGCUGCCCAGAUCUGGUGGUGGUGGUGAACAUGCUUCAAAAACAGACCCUGAUUCAUCAGGAAACCCUAGGGGUGCAGGAACUUCUGAAGAGGGGAGAAUCUUCUCUGAUUUGAGGGGUAAAGGUCACACAGAAAAUUCUCUUCCAGGACUGAGCCUGGUCCCCAUGACCCAUGUACCAGCAGAAAUUAUGGGCAAACCCACACUCAGAGCUCAGCCAGGCUCCGUGAUGACCAGCGGCAUGCAACUGACCAUUUCAUGUGAGGGAACCUCUAGUGCCCAGGAAUAUUAUCUCUAUAAAGAGGGCAGUCCAGAUCCCUGGGAACGACAGAGCCCUCUGGAGCAUGGGAACAAGGCCGAGUUCUUCUUUCCGUCCUUUCAUCAGAACCAUGCAGGGAGAUAUCGCUGUUACUAUAGGACCCACAUUGGCUGGUCAGAGCGCAGUGACUUUCUGGACUUGAUGGUGACAGGAUUCUACAGAAAACCCAGUCUAUCAGCCCUGCCCAGCCCAGUGGUGAGAUUUGGAGGAAAUGUAACUCUCGAGUGUAUCUCACAGCUUGGAUAUGAUGGGUUUUCUCUGACUAAGGAAGAACAACAGAAAAUCUCUUGGACCCUAGACUCACAGUACAUAUACUCUAAAAGCAAUUUCCGGGCACUGUUCUCUGUGGGUCCUCUGACCUCCGGACAUAGGAGGACAUUCAGAUGCUAUGGCUAUUACUUGAGUAAACCCCAGGUGUGGUCAGAACCCAGUGAUCCUCUGGAGCUCCUGGUCUCAGGAGUGCCUGAGACCACCAGCCAACCACAAAACAUGUCAGAAGCCACAAUAGCCUCACAGCCUCAAGAUCAUACAGUGGAGAACAUCAUACGGAUGGGCAUUUCUGGUUUGAUUCUCACAGUACUUGGGAUUUUGCUGUUUGAAGCUUGCUACAGCCAGAGAAGACCUUGAUUGUAUCCUGGAAGUGAAGACGAGAGAUGGCCACAGGCUUGCAUUGUUACUAUCUAAAAAAUAAAUUUGUCUAUCCUUGGUUAUUUUUUUAUAAGAAAAUUCAAUGUUUAAUACUGAGAAUCACUUGUGAGAAAAGAUCCAGGAAUCAAAUGUGUUUUGGAUGCAGGAAAGUAUCUAACUUUUGAGUUGGAGAGCUCUUCCAACACCACAUUAAGGCUUGCAUCCUCUACCUUACUGUGGACUUUGAGAACUUUUUCUCCCCUUCCAUUUUACAGGGGAACUUAUUGUCCCAUUAAUGAGGUUUGGUCCUGAACUUUGUAUAUCUUCUCCUUUCCCAAGUUUCUUGUCAUACUUUAUUAUAAAUUAUCAUAUUCCCUAUUAUGAGCAUCUGCUUUUGUGGAUGUUUUUGUACUAGAAACAAGGAAUUUGACUCAAUAACAACAACAAAAAUAUUAAUGAACACAAUUCAGAUUCCCAAAUGCUAAAAUAACUGGACAUAAAUGAUGCUUCCAAAUUCUGUACUCUCACUUAUGUAUCCUACUAUGCACAUUCGUUGUGAGAUUUUUGUUAAUUUAUAAAAAGUUACUGUCUAGUGUUUAAAGGAACUAUCAGUGGGACACUGUUGAUACAGAUUCAAAAACAUCAUUUUUUAAAAAAUGCUGCUCUGUGACAUUUGCUGAUUGAUGUGUAUAAUCCUUUGCAUGGAUACCUUGUAUUCCUGUAUUCCAAGGUCAGUCAGAUCCAUGAAGGGAGCAACAAGGAGUAGUGAAAAUAGCUGUCAUGACCACCUUUUCCCUCUUUGCCUAUUUCUAUGUGAGAAGACAGAACACCACCAAAUGCUAAUAAAUUUUUGCAUUCUCACAAUA